AUGAGCAAUUCCACAGACUCCAGCACAGUAUUCGAGACGUUUCUUCUCGAAUAUGGCAGGAUUUUUCAUCCACCGAUGGUUCUUCUGCUUUGUAUCUCGGGAGCUCUUGGACAUAUGUUGACGAUAACCACGCUGUCUUCAAUGUUAAACCCAACAAAUAUGUUCUUGAUUUCGAUGAGUUGCAGCCAACUCGCCCUAUGCAUCAACUUUCUCUACUCGACGUUCUUCAAAUUCAUGUCAGAUCAACUGUGCCAUCCGUUCUUCUUCUCCUACUAUAUGGCUACUACAAUGCACUUAUCAGUCACAGUUUCAGUUAUGGUUCAUAUGUCAGCGGUGUUCCAUGUGGUUGCUCUCUCACUUAUCCGAUUUUUCUCCCUGGCUCAACUCUCUGGCAUCAACUCGAAUGUGCCCUGGUUCACUUGGCAGAAAUCUCGAAUUGCAAUUGUGGUGAUCUAUGUGAGCGUGAUCUUCCUGUGCAUCCCACUCCAUUUCACUUCCAGAGUGACAGAAGUCUCGGAAAACGAGGGAUGUGCUGAGAGAUAUCCGGCCCUGAAGAACAAGGUGGCAUAUCAACUGGCUUAUACUCAGAGUAUGUGGCUCAGGAAUUUGAAUUUCUGGUUGUUUUAUUUGAUGGCCAAGGUUGUUCCAUCGAUUAUUCUCUGCCUGAUGACGUGUUUGAUUUUGGAUCAGCUCAAGAAGAUUCAAGUUUUGAGUUCCCGAUUUUCAAAUGUGGAACGAGACAAACAACACUCGAGAACUACGAAUAUGAUUCUAGCGAUCAUGGUUCUUUUCAUCAUUGUCGAGUUACCACAAGGAGUUUUGGCUGUUCUCUCCACUGUUUCCAGUAGCACAUUGAUUUAUGAACUGGGAGAUUUGACCGAGUUGCUCACUUUGCUGUCUUCCAUUAUCAUUUUCACUUUACUCUGCUCGAUGAAUGGAAAAAUCCGAUCGGCAUUCAAAGAAUUGGCUUGUGUCAGAUCGAUUGGUAGAAUAUUCGCAACUGUUUGCCCACCACCGAGCCCGGUCGCUGCAAGCACAUCUGGCCACGACGCUCUUCUGGAGCACAACACAAUCAUCAUCACCAACUGUCACAUUGACAAAUCGGAAAAUUAUGCGGUUCUCUAA